CUAAGAUUUACCACAGUCCGUGGACGAGCACCGCUCUGCUUUAAAACAAAGAGCAGGUCCGUCACCUACCAGCGUCUUUUAAAUGGUUGGACUGUAGCGCACCAGGAGCUGCAGCAGGGAUGAGGAUCCGGCUGCAGGGUCCCGGCCACGCUGCCAGCCUUCUCGCCGAGCUCAACCGCUGCCGCCAGUCACGCCAGUACUGCGAUGUGUUCCUGCAAGUCGGCAACCGCACCUUCGCAGCCCACCGCGCGGUGCUGGCCUGCGCCGGGACGUACUUCCGUAACCUGUUCGCCCGGUCUCCGGCCUCGUCCACCGCCGCCUUCUCUUUGGAGUUCAUCUCCCCGGCCAACUUCGAGAAGGUGCUGACGUUCGUCUACACGGGGGACAUCUUGACCGACCUCAUAGACGUCGGGGUGCUGUACGAGCUGGCUGAGAGGCUGGGCGUCGGUGAACUGGUGAGGGCCUGUCACGCCACCUUCCCCGACCUGCAGGCUUCUGGGUCGGCAAACUGUAAAGCCGGUAGUCCUGAAGACCGCUCCCUGGACUCUAGCAUGGUCUCUGCUGCUGCUGCGGUGUCCACAGUGGCUGCCGUUGGUGCAGCUUCUGCGUCGUCUGUGUGUUCCUCUGCCGCCUCCUGCUCGUCUCUGUCUUCGUCUGCCGCCCCGACCCCUGCCGCCGCUCCCUCGCCCGUCUUCCAAGCCAGAACGGCCAGCGCCGGCUGCGAAGCUCACGCCGGGGCUCUGUCUCUGGAGCUGAAGGCAGAAGACAUGCAGUCUCAUAUCGGCUACGGGCAGACGGCUGCAGCUCAACCGCUACCGGGCGGACCGAUUGACGGCGCGCUGCCCCCGGGGCCCGUGCUCCAGCUGAAGAUCGAGCAGGGCCUGGAGGAGGAGGAGGAGGAGGAGGAGGAGGCGGCGGCGGCAGAGGGCAGCCGCGAGGGCUCUAGAGACACAGAUGGACGAAUGGUUUCUGAGAGCACAGGAAGCUCUCUUCCUCAGAGCGUGGACGCCGCGCCGCCCGACUCCUGCUCCUUCGCCGACUCCCCGGCGGCGUCCGCGGAGGAGCGUGGAGGCGGCCUGCAGGUGGGACUGGUGGAGGGCGGCGUGGUGGACGUCCGGAGGGACGGCAGGCUGGUGUUCGGGGAGGUGGAGGAGGGAGAGAACGAGGAGGGGAGGGGAGCCCUGCGAAGGAACGGAGCCACGGAGGGAGCCGAGGAGGAGGAGGAGGAGCGGUGGAGACAGCUGGCAGGCGAGGUCAUCGAGCUGAGCGACGACGAGAACUUCAUGGACGAGGGAGACGAGGAGGACGAUGAAGAUGACCUUGUGUAUGUGGAGAACGGAGAGGGGGGGAACUCCAGCAGCCAGGUGACAGGGAACAUGCUGUCAUGUAAAGCCUGCGCGGUGCCCCUCCCGGCGGACCCCGCCGCCAUCAGGAGACACGCCGAGACCCACCUGAUGGAGCUGGGGAACUGCAGAGUGUGCGGGGCCUCGUUCCCGGACCGCGCCGCCGCUGUGGCCCACUCCCUCUCCCACGUGGGGGUGCAGCUCUUCACAUGCGACAUGUGUCACCUGCAGUUCUGCAGCCAAACCAAACUGCUGCGCCACCACCGCCAGACAGCCGCCACUUACGCCAUACCGCAGGUGGCGCUGACCAACGGCAGCCAAGGACUGGAGCUGCAGUGUGCGGUGUGCACCAAGACCCUCAGCAAGGACUUCCAGACGGUCAAAGACCACCUGCUGAGCCACGUGUGUCCCCAGAGCCUGAGCUGUGGCGUGUGCCACCUCCCCCAGCUCUCCCUGUGCUCCCUGCUGUGGCACGCCCUGGCCCACCUCUCGCUGCCCGUCUUCACCUGCCCACACUGCGCCCGCUGCUUCGUGGAGCGCGCCAUGCUGGACCGACACAUGAUCGCCCACGCCGAGGAGGCGGCGGCCAAGGAGAGGGAGCGCUCGGCCCUGAGGGCGUACAGGGCGAGGCCGGACGCGGGCGCGGCGGCGGCCGGACCGGAGGAGCUGCACUGCUUCCUGUGCCCGCAGACUUUCCGCUCCACCUCGGCCUUUCAGUACCACCUCAGCCUGCACACCAGCGAGUCCCUGGCCGGGGCCGGGGCCGCCGGGGGCCAGGGCUGGCCGGGCAAACGUAAAGCCGAGUCCCUGGAGUGCCCCCUGUCCGCGGCGUCUCAACGGGAGGUCGGUGGCCUGGUUAAAAUGAGCAACCUGGGCGCGGGGCUGGGGAUGAGUUUCGGCGCGCCGGAGAAGUUCUAUCACGGGUCGGUGCACGGCCUGCCCUCUGGGGCGACGAGCAACGGGAGUUCAGGGCAGGACGGGGGAGCCGGCGCGGCGGGCGCCCGCGAGAAAUGGUACCGGUGCCGCUACUGCGGCAAACGCUUCGCCCACUCGGGGGAGUUCACCUACCACCUGCGCAUUCACACCGGGGAGAAACCCUACCAGUGCAAGGUGUGCCAGCGCUUCUUCAGGGGCCGCUCCACCAUGAUCUGCCACCUGAAGACGCACGCCGGCGCCCUCAUGUACCGCUGCACCGUCUGCGGCCUCUUCUUCUCCACGCUGAAGCUAGUGUCGUCGCACAUGGAGCUCCACAAGGACCACCUGCCCCCGGACUUCAACAUUGAGCAGACCUUCAUGUACAAUGAUCACUCGAAAGAGCCGCUGCCCGCUGUGGACACCUGAUGUGGUUUUCUCCCCUACACCUCCUCUGCGUCUGGUUGCCGUGGACCACGUACUGCAUAAUACCGGUAGUCGAAGAGGGCUGAAACUAACCAUUCUUUUCAUUAGCGUUUUUUUCUUAUUUUAAAUUGCCGUAAAAAAUGUCGAAAUGUUUUUAAAAAACGGUUGUCCACAAUUGCUCUAAAGUUAAAGAGCCCCUGUUCUACUUUUUCAGCGUCACAUUUGUACUCUCGGGGUCUACUAAAAUAGGUUUACAUGCUUUGAUUAAAAAAAAAAAAA